AUGAAAUACAAGUCGGGCAUUCUUUUAAAGAAUUCACACCGAGCUCAGUCAGUACACAUUCAUUGCAUUGGAUAACCAGGUAGAUAAUUGCUCACACCCAGCCUGCUGGUUUCCAUUCUGCACCUGAAGGAGUUAAGAUGACUUGUCUGUUCCUUCAUUCAGAUGAUGCUCUUUCUAAGUGUAGGGUGGCAUGCCACAUAACUAGCCUAACUUACUGCCAGUCACCAUCAUUUCAUUGUAAAUGAAUACUACACUCUAUUAGUAUUAUGGUAAUUAGUCCACUGUUAAUGCAUGUCAGCACAGCAGUCAAGUUUUCAAGAUAGAGCACUUUCAGUAAAGUAAAAUUUUGAACUUUGCUCUCUAUCUAGACGCCACCGCUGCCCCCACCGGCCCACAGCUCUGUAUGGAAAGCCCAAUAAGACAUGUGUCCUGACAGAGUACACAGAGAAGUACCCCGCCUAUGGAGGAUACAACCCGCCCCAGAGCCUGAAACCCAAGCCUGUUAACCACGGUGACCAGGGGAGAAUGGAUGGAACUACUACAUUCAAGUAAACGCUUUGUCAGGGAUCACACCCUAAUGAAACAAGAAUCCCUUUAAAGUACACUACUUUUGGCCAGGAAUGCCACAUAGGGCAGGGGACAAAAGUAGUGUACUACCAAAAGUAAGGGAAUAAGGUGCUAUUUGAGACUGUGUCAAUCUUCUGCUCUUCAACCACUCUCAUUUAAUGCAAAGCCCUUUGAGGCACAUACACACACACACACACACACCCCCUCAUGCAAGCCGUGAGGUUUUGAGGGGAUUUUGGAAAAUAUACCUUUUAAGUGGUCUCUAAAAGUCGCGCCGAUUCCAUAUUCCACGGUAAAUCUCUUAUGUAGAUAUCACUAACUAUAUUAAUCAGGAGUUAUCCACAAAGGUCUCAAUACCAAAUGAAUUAAAAAGACUGGUGUUUCUCUCUCUCUCUCUCUCUCUCUCUCUCUCUCUCUCUCCAUAGGACUGACUUUAUUCCCUACGAGGUGACUCGACGACCGGGGAAACAGCAGGCGGAGUACAAACCCAAACCUGGAAACAUAGAUCUGGGGACCACCUACAAACAGGACUACACCCUUUAUGAGGUCCACCCCUUCGCCCCUUCCAGGCCCAGGGAGAGGGUACGCGCAACAGGGCACAAAAUGGAUACAGUGCCUACUUACAAAGGUGAGCUAUUCUGCGUUGUUUGAUGACAUACCACACAUAUUACACAUUACACAUUUCUACAAGUGGGACCGCACAGUGACCCUUAUUUUAGUAAUAUACAGUGCCUUCGGAAAGUAUUCAGACCUCUUGACUUUUUACACAUUUUGUUAGGUUACAGCCUUAUUCUAAAAUUGAUUAAAUUGUUUUUUUCCCCUCAUCAAUCUACACACAAUACCCCAUAAUGACAAAGCAAAAAUGGUAAUUGCUAAUUUAUUAAAAAUAAAAAAAUUGAAAUAUCACAUUUACAUAAGUAUCCAGACCCUUUACUCAAUACUUGGUUGAAGCACUUUUGGCAGCGAUUACAGCCACCUGUAUUUGGGGAGUUUCUCCCAAUCUUCUCUGCAGAUCCUCUCAAGCUCUGUCAGGUUGGAUGGGGAGCGUCGCUGCACAGCUAUUUUCAGGUCUCUCCAGAGAUGUUCGAUCAGGUUCAAGUCCGGGCUCUGGCUGGGCCACUCAAGGACAUUCAGACUUGUCCCGAAGCCACUCCUGCGUUGUCUUGGCUGUGUGCUUAGAGUCGUUGUCCUGUUGGAAGGUGAACCUUCGCCCCAGUCUGAGGUCCUGAGCGCUCUGGAGCAGGUUUUCAUCAAGGAUCUCUCAGUACUUUGCUCCGUUCAUCUUUCCCUCCAUCCUGACUAGUCUCCCAGUCCCUGCCACUGAAAAUUAUUAUUAUUAUUAUUAUUAUUAUAAAACAUCCCCACAGCAUGAUGCUGUCUCCACCAUGCUUCACCGUAGCGAUGGUGCCAGGUUUCCUCCAGAUGUGACGCUUGGCAUUCAGGCCAAAUAGUUCAAUCUUGGUUUCAUCAGAUCAGAGAAUCUUGUUUCUCAUGGUCUGAGAGUUUUUAGGUGCCUUUUGGCAAACUCCAAGCUGGCUGUCAUGUGCCUUUUACUGAGGAGUGGCUUCCCUCUGGCCACUCUACCAUAAAGGCCUAAUUGGUGGAGUGCUGCAGAGAUGGUUGUCCUUCUGGAAGGUUCUCCCAUCUCCACAGAGGAACUCUAGAGCUCUGUCAGAGUGACCAUCGGGUUCUUGGUCACCUCCCUGACCAAGGCCCUUCUCGCCUGAUUGCUCAGUUUGGCCGGGCGGCCAGCUCUAGGAAGAGUCUUGGUGGUUCCAAACUUCUUCCAUUUAAAAAUGAUGGAGGCAACUGUGUUCUUAGGGUCCUUCAAUGCUGCAGAAAUGUUUUGGUACCCUUCCCCAGAUCUGUGCCACGACACAAUCCUGUGUCGGAGGUCUACGGACAAUUCCUUCGACCUCAUGGCUUGGUUUUUGCUCUGACAUGCACUGUCAACUGUGGGACCUUAUACAGUGGGGAAAAAAAGUAUUUAGUCAGUCACCAAUUGUGCAAGUUCUCCCACUUAAAAAGAAGAGAGAGGCCUGUAAUUUUCAUCAUAGGUACACGCCAACUAUGACAGACAAAUUGAGAAAAGAAAAUCCAGAAAAUCACAUUGUAGGAUUUUUUAUGAAUUUAUUUGCAAAUUAUGGUGGAAAAUAAGUAUUUGGUCAAUAACAAAAGUUUCUCAAUACUUUGUUAUAUACCCUUUGUUGGCAAUGACACAGGUCAAACGUUUUCUGUAAGUCUUCACAAGGUUUUCACACACUGUUGCUGGUAUUUUGGCCCAUUCCUCCAUGCAGAUCUCCUCUAGAGCAGUGAUGUUUUGGGGCUGUCGCUGGGCAACACGGACUUUCAACUCCCUCCAAAGAUUUUCUAUGGGGUUGAGAUCUGGAGACUGGCUAGGCCACUCCAGGACCUUGAAAUGCUUCUUACGAAGCCACUCCUUCGUUUCCCGGGCGGUGAUUUGGGAUCAUUGUCAUGCUGAAAGACCCAGCCACGUUUCAUCUUCAAUGCCCUUGCUGAUGGAAGGAGGUUUUCACUCAAAAUCUCACGAUACAUGGCUCCAUUCAUUCUUUCCUUUACACGGAUCAGUCGUCAUGGUCCCUUUGCAGAAAAACAGCCCCAAAGCAUGAUGUUUCCACCCCCAUGCUUCACAGUAGGUAUGGUGUUCUUUGGAUGCAACUCAGCAUUCUUUGUCCUCCAAACACGACGAGUUGAGUUUUUACCAAAAAGUUAUAUUUUGGUUUCAUCUGACCAUAUGACAUUCUCCCAAUCCUCUUCUGGAUCAUCCAAAUGCACUCUAGCAAACUUCAGACGGGCCUGGAUAUGUACUGGCUUAAGCAGGGGGACACGUCUGCCACUGCAGGAUUUGAGUCCCUGGCGGCGUAGUGUGUUACUGAUGGUAGGCUUUGUUACUUUGGUCCCAGCUCUCUGCAGGUCAUUCACUAGGUCCCCCUGUGUGGUUCUGGGAUUUUUGCUCACCGUUCUAGUGAUCAUUUUGACCCCAUGGGGUGAGAUCUUGCGUGGAGCCCCAGAUCUAGGGAGAUUAUCAGUGGUCUUGUAUGUCUUCCAUUUCCUAAUAAUUGCUCCCACAGUUGAUUUCUUCAAACCAAGCUGCUUACCUAUUGCAGAUUCAGUCUUCCCAGCCUGGUGCAGGUCUACAAUUUUGUUUCUGGUGUCCUUUGACAGCUCUUUGGUCUUGGCCAUAGUGGAGUUUGGAGUGUGACUGUUUGAGGUUGUGGACAGGUGUCAUUUAUACUGAUAACAAGUUCAAACAGGUGCCAUUAAUACAGGUAAUGAGUGGAGGACAGAGGAGCCUCUUAAAGAAGAAGUUACAGGUCUGUGAGAGCCAGAAAUCUUGCUUGUUUGUGGGUGACCAAAUACUUAUUUUCCACCAUAAUUUGCAAAUAAAUUCAUUAAAAAUCCUACAAUGUGAUUUUCUGGAUUUUCUUUUCUCAAUUUGUCUGUCAUAGUUGACGUGUACCUAUGAUGAAAAUUACAGGCCUCUCUCAUCUUUUAAGUGGGAGAACUUGCACAAUUGGUGGCUGACUAAAUACUUUUUUGCCCCACUCUUCUUCCUUCUCUCUCUACUCACCAGGAUGACUUUAUUCCUACAGAGGAAACAGCAGGGGAGUACAAACCCAAACUGGAAAAUAGAUCUGGGGACCACCUACAACAGGACUACACCUUUAUGAGGUCCACCCCUUCCCCUUCAGGCCCAGGGAGAGGGUACGGCAACAGGGCACAAAAUGGAUACAGUGCCUACUUACAAAGGUGAGCUAUCUGCGUUGUUUGAUGACAUACCACACAUAUUACACAUUACACAUUUCUACAAGUGGGACCGCACAGUGACCCUUAUUUUAGUAAUAUACAGUGCCUUCGGAAAGUAUGCAGACCUCUUGACUUUUUUCACAUUUUGUUAGGUUACAGCCUUAUUCUAAAAUUGAUUAAAUUGUUUUUUCCCCUCAUCAAUCUACACACAAUACCCCAUAAUGACAAAGCAAAAAUGGUAAUUGCUAAUUUAUAUAAAAAAAAAAAAUUGAAAUAUCACAUUUACAUAAGUAUCCAGACCCUUUACUCAAUACUUGGUUGAAGCACUUUUGGCAGCGAUUACAGCCACCUGUAUUUGGGGAGUUUCUCCCAAUCUUCUCUGCAGAUCCUCUCAAGCUCUGUCAGGUUGAAUGGGGAGCGUCGCUGCACAGCUAUUUUCAGGUCUCUCCAGAGAUGUUCGAUCAGGUUCAAGUCCGGGCUCUGGCUGGGCCACUCAAGGACAUUCAGACUUGUCCCGAAGCCACUCCUGCGUUGUCUUGGCUGUGUGCUUAGAGUCGUUGUCCUGUUGGAAGGUGAACCUUCGCCCCAGUCUGAGGUCCUGAGCGCUCUGGAGCAAGUUUUCGUCAAGGAUCUCUCAGUACUUUGCUCCGUUCAUCUUUCCCUCCAUCCUGACUAGUCUCCCAGUCCCUGCCACUGAAAAACAUCCCCACAGCAUGAUGCUGUCUCCACCAUGCUUCACCGUAGGGAUGGUGCCAGGUUUCCUCCAGAUGUGACGCUUGGCAUUCAGGCCAAAUAGUUCAAUCUUGGUUUCAUCAGAUCAGAGAAUCUUGUUUCUCAUGGUCUGAGAGUUUUUAGGUGCCUUUUGGCAAACUCCCAAGCUGGCUGUCAUGUGCCUUUUACUGAGGAGUGGCUUCCCUCUGGCCACUCUACCAUAAAGGCCUAAUUGGUGGAGUGCUGCAGAGAUGGUUGUCCUUCUGGAAGGUUCUCCCAUCUCCACAGAGGAACUCUAGAGCUCUGUCAGAGUGACCAUCGGGUUCUUGGUCACCUCCCUGACCAAGGCCCUUCUCGCCUGAUUGCUCAGUUUGGCCGGGCGGCCAGCUCUAGGAAGAGUCUUGGUGGUUCCAAACUUCUUCCAUUUAAAAAUGAUGGAGGUAACUGUGUUCUUAGGGUCCUUCAAUGCUGCAGAAAUGUUUUGGUACCCUUCCCCAGAUCUGUGCCACGACACAAUCCUGUGUCGGAGGUCUACUGACAAUUCCUUCGACCUCAUGGCUUGGUUUUUGCUCUGACAUGCACUGUCAACUGUGGGACCUUAUAUAGACAGGUGUGUGCCUUUCCAAAUCAUGUCCAAUCAAUUUAAUUUACCACAUGUACUCCAAUCAAGUUGUAGAAACAUCUCAAGGAUGUAAAUGAUAAAUGGAAACAGGAUGCACCUGAGCUCAAUUUCGAGUCUCAUAGCAAAGGGUCUGAAUACUACAGUUUUUUAAUUUGUAAAAAAUAGUUUUCGCUUUGUCAUUAUGGGGUAUUAUGUGUAGAUUGCUGAGGAAAUUGUUUUAUUUAAGGCUGUAACGUAACAAAAUGUGGAAAAAGUCAAGGGGUCUGAAUACUUUCCGAAGGCACUGUAUAAUAAAUAUUUGCUUUUAAAAUUAAUACACUGCAAUUUCUAUGGGAUCUUUUAUACAUUAAAAUUACAUCAUAACAAUAAUAAUGAGCUCUAUAAAUAAACUAUGGUUAUUACCAAAAUGAACACUUAAAAAUCAUUCUUAAUGUUUCACCUCCAGAGGAUUUCCGACAGUGGGAGAUGUGCAAGCGGGAGCUGAAGAAACCCGACCUGAGCUACCACCCUCCAGACGCCAAGUUCGACGGCCACACCACCUUCCAGGACGACUUCCUCACCCGAGGCCUGGCCCCCAGAGAGAGCUUCAAACCCUCCAGUAGCCCCAAAAUGUCUGAUGCCCCCUUCGAUUGCGUGACCAGUAACCAGCAGUGCUAUGUGCCCCACCCUCUGGAGGCGCGCUGGGUGAAGGCUCCAGAGCCCUAUAGACCCAGUAGCCAGCCCUUACAAGAUCUUACCACCAACCGAAGAGACUACCAGGGCCUGCCAGGACAGCUGCCCCAGAGCUAUAAGCCUAACCCUGGAAAGGUAAUGCUGUGUUUAAUGAUAUCUCACUAGUCUCUCGUGGACAGACUACGUAAUCGAGCAUCUGACCAAAUUACACAGGAUUUUAGUGCUGGGUUAACCCAGAUUAAUAUCUCACUAACUCACUCAUCUUUGCUUAUCUUUUCUGGGCCAGUGAUAACAUUCUACUCUAUCCCACUCUACUCUGUUCCUAGGUGACGUCUGACAUUCCGUUUCAGAGCAGCACAGAGUUUACGGAGCGUUUCCAGCAGUGGCCCGUGUCCCUGCCUCAGCUGCGCAAGAGCCUGCAGUACGUCAGCCCCACAGAGCACAUGGACAUGAGCACCACGUCUGGUGCAGACUACGUCCGACACAACAUCCAGCCCUUCAUCUCCGCCAAGCCCUUCAAUCGGCCCAACAAGUCAUCAGCUCCCUUCCAGGUAGGGAUGGGUCCACAUAUCAGUCUAUUAUCACUGGACUGAUAUAUCGCUGAACGGUUGUGUUGUUGUACUUAUAUGUAUCGCCUAUGGACGUUCUGAUGUAAUAUUAUAGUUAUAUUGUUCACUAAAUUGUAUGCUGUCAAAUUCUUGGGAUAUUAUUUCAACAGCACAUGAAUAUGAUUGAAUGUUUUGUUACUCAUUUUGUCCAAGAACCGGGUGGGUUGGGAUUUUUUGGGGUACGUUUAUCGUAGCAUCACAAUGAACAUUCCCACCCCACUACCUCCAGGUCUGCACCACCAUGAGAGAUGACUACCAGCCUUGGGAGGUCAAGAGACAGGCCAUGAUCAAGAAGCCUGAGGAGCUGCAGAGAGCCACCGAACGGAUGGACUACCUCUCCACCUUCAAGGUCAUUCAAGACGUUUCUGUUUCCACUGGCAUGCCAGGGCAAAUCUCAAAUCACACCCUGCCUAUAGAAACAUCAUUCUGGGAGGAGCACAGGGUCAGCUACAUUGUAGCACCUCUGGAGUUGUUUUAGGGGCUAAGUGCCCUGCGGAAGGACACAACAAUAGGAGAUACUAUAGUGCCUACCAUCUGAAAUCACCAGCCAGUUCCCAGUACCGCCUCCAUGUAGUGCACUAGUUUUGGCCAGAUAUGGGUGUGUUAAGGGUGUUCUUUGAAACACUGCUCAAGUAUCUACACUUUUAGAAAAAAAGGGUUCCAAAAGGGUUCUUCUGCAGUCCCCAUAGGAGGACCCUUUUUGGUUCCCGGUAGAACCCUUUUUUUGGUUCCAGGUAGAACCCUUUUGGGUUCCAUUUAGAAUUCUCUGUGGAAAGGGUUCUACCUGGAACCAAAAUGGUUCUACCUGGAACCAAAAAGGGUUCUUCAAAGGGUUCUCCUAUGGGGAUAGCAGAAGAACCCUUUUAAGUUCUAGAUAGCACCUUUUUUUCUAAGAGUGUAGCAGAGCCCCUGUCUCUCUUUGGCCCUAGGUCACAUUCUUAUAAGCUGUUGUUUGAAAUUCUAUUCUAUUCGAUUGUAUACUAUUAUCCAGGCCCACUUUACACCCCACGAGCUGCAGCCCAGUGUGAGCUUCAAGCCAGCUCACGCCCCAAUGAGGACUGAUGCCCCAUUGGAGGGCGGCACCAUGUACAGCACAGAGUUCACCCCCAAGAGGUAACACACACACAGAGUUACCCCCAAGAGGUAACACACACACAGAGUUACCCCCAAGAGGAGACAGACAGACACACACACGCACACACACACACAUACACAUACGCUAAGCAUUUCGCUGCACCAUUUAUAUCUGCUGUAAACGGUGUACGUGACAAAAAACAUUUGAUUUUGAUUUGAUUUGACACACACAGAGUUAACCCCCAAGCAUUUAGUCUGGAGUCUCCUGGAGUCCGCCGUUACGUCCCAGCAGGCACUAAAGCUAUACUGAGAUGUAAAAGAACAACAGUGAAGCUAUUUUACUGCCAGAAUGAAACGAAUGACUGUGAUGUACAACUGAAUCACUUUUAUAACCUCAAGCUUACUGAGUGCUAGUGAGUUCUGUGAAUUUGUGGAUGAUUAUCAUGUGCUGACCUUGCAGCAAGAUGAUUUUCCACGAGAACAGACAAUAAAGUAUCGCAUCUUAUAGAUAGUAUGGUAUUUUAUCGUAUAUCAUUCAGGUAAUGGUAUGAUAUUGUGUUGUAGGAUCAGCAUUUGUCCAGCCAGCUAUGACUCGCCGCUGGGCUUCGUGUUUGAGGACAGCGACGACAGGGGACACAGGUUCUACAGGAAGUUGCCGUCUAAGGACAGGAACAAGAUGGCUGCUGGCAUGGCGGUGGCUGUGGUAUCAUAACGUAUGACCAUGAUAUUUGGUGACCCAUGCUUUUUAUCUUAAAAAGAGCAUGUUAAAGCAAAACUAACAGUCUGUUAUGUUUUUUAUUUUAUUUUGGUACUACCUGAAUAGUAAUUGAUAGUAAUUAUCAAUGAUCAAUUGAAUAGUUGGCUAAUCAAAACAAGCACUAUUUAUGUAUUAAUCAAUUAAUUAUCCUUGUGUAUCCAUGUGCCAAAUUCUGCAAAAAGUCAUCACAGUCAAACAUUUGUUGAAAUUCACAAACAUAAUGCAGUACUUUCUGGGGACAUUUUCGUAUUGCAAAAUAAUUGUUCAAAGUGCAAAAGACAUACCGAAAACGUCAUUAUAAUCUUGCAGUGUGAUUUAAUUUUAAGGGGGCGAUUUUUUUACUAGAGUUUAGUAAACAGCUAUACAAAAAUAAUCUUUAUAAUGCACAUUGUUGGAAAAAAGUUUUAUAUAAUGCUUUUGCACUAGGAAAAUGUCUCCCUCUGUGUGUCAUAAUAAUGAGUUUACCAAGCAGAAUAUCAGGUGAUCAAACUGUCUUUAUUGUCUUAGUAUGUUGUCUUUCUAGAGCACUUAAAAGUUUUGUUCCAAAAACAUCUUCAUGGUGUUCCUUCAAUCCAGAUAGGAUUUUACAAACAGUAUUCAUGUCAACACCCAAUGUUAUGGUAACGUUAUCGAUAUGUUGUAGUAAAUAUCAGUAGCAUUGAUUAUUGUCAGUAUGCGUUUGUUUGAGUGAGUGGCACUUGAUCAUGUAUCUGCAAAACACAUGACAUGUAUCUACAAAACAUUAGAGAUUGAACAUAAAUGCAUGAGAAUAAAACCAGAAGGGAAAGGUAUUAAACAUACCUGUGAUCCAACAACAGCAAGUGCUUAUUAAUGUACUGUACGGUUUAUAUCGAGUCUUUUUAAACAGGCGUUAUGAACACAACUAAAUAAGGUAAGAAAAUAAAGUCCCACAAAAAAUCUACAUACUCUCAAUGUACAAUAUUGCACUUAAAAACACAGUAUAUACAAGACAUAUUUUACAAUGCAGCACAUUGGUUGGAUAACCAAAACAAUAGCUAAAAACGAGUGGACCCCAUUAUUCAAAAAGAGAACAGAGAAAUAUGACUGUUAUCUCUAGGGGCCCGUCCCAAAUGGCACCAUAUCCCCUACAUAGUGCACUACUUUGGA